GCCAGCUGCCGACGUCAGUAUCAUCCGCUCAGUCUUCAGAGGCUGCAGUACCUGAUUGAUUUGGGUAGAGUUGACCCUACACAACCGAUUGACUUAACACAGCUUACUAAUGCCAGAGGUGUAACAGUGCAACCUCUCAAACGGGAUUAUGGUGUCCAGCUGGUGGAGGAGGGUGCUGAUAUCUUUGCAGCAAAAAUAAAUAUUGAAGUGCAGAGGGCAUCUGAAUUAGCAAUUGCAGCUAUAGAAAAAAAUGGAGGUGUUGUUACAACAUCAUUCUACGAUCCAAGGAGUUUGGAGAUUUUAAUUAAGCCAGUCCCAUUUUUCCUGCGUGGCCGGCCUAUUCCAAAGCGAAUGCUUCCCCCUGAAGACCUGGUGCGUUACUACACAGAUGCCAAUAAUCGUGGGUACCUGGCAGAUCCAUCUAAGGUUGCAGAAGCCAGACUUGAACUUGCCAAGAAGUAUGGUUAUACCCUACCAGACAUAACUAAGGAUGAGCUCUUCAAAAUGUUAAGUAUGCGCAAAGACCCUAGGCAGAUAUUUUUUGGUCUUGCUCCAGGAUGGAUCGUAAACAUGGCAGACAAGAAAAUUCUGAAGCCAACUGAUGAGAGGCUGCUAAAAUACUAUAGCUCGUGAUUUCAGGACUGGAGACAACUGCAGGUGUACAGGAAACAUCUGGAUAUGAAAUAAUGGAUACGAAGUGGUGUUUGUUUUUUUUUAAGACUCCUGUUACACCAGACAAAACAGAAGUUUUUGUUUAUGUAAUCUACUGGCGUAGCUUUUGCUCUUUUUCAUAACACCGUGUAUGAAAAGUCUUAACAUUUGGAAGCAGUGUGGAGUCUGAAAUAAAGCAUGUAUUUGGGCA